AUGCAGGUCCCAACUGUAACUCUGGAAGACCUCCAAGCUUUCCAAUCUAAGCACUUCCCUGGCCAACAGCUGGCCGCGUUUUCCCAAGAGAAUGACGAGACCACAGACGAGGAUCUCGGGUACUACCCAGACGGGGUGAAGCGCACACUCACAGAUGAGCAGAUUCGCAUUUUCAGACACAGCGAAAUCCAUGCCCUGCUGCGAGAGAGGCAGCUCCAGGCUGAUGAGGCGCAAUACCAAGCUCGGAUGCAGUCAUCUCCAGAUGAUGGAUCAGAGGGACCCUCUGCACCGGAGAAGCGGCCUCUAGACGCAGAGCCUCAAACACAAGGUGGAGAUCGGAAGCGCUCGCAUUCACGGAAGGGGUCUAGGAAACACAUUCCAGAAGACAAGCCCUCUAAACUCCUCGACUACGGGGACGACUCUGAUCAAACACAAACGGCAAGGCCACCGGUGUCACACCAAGGUCGCAGGAUUAUCUCCUACGAUGAUUGA